GGCGAGGGGGUAAGAGUAGGGGUGGAGGGGUAGGAAGAUUUACUCUUCCAGCGUGAGCAUCUCGAAUCCCAUCCUCCCCCUCCCCCCUGCCCAGGCUCUGGCGUGGCGGCGGGGCGUGUCCGGCCUGCUUUGGGAGGGGAGGGGCUUUCCUACACAGUACUGGGCUCUGCCAGGGCGGCUGUGGGGUCGUCUUACCUCGGGGCACCCACUCUGCAGUCCAGCAGUUCCCGCCAGGGGCCAGGGGUGGCAAGGAGAGCCGGCUCUGCUGGAGGAAACGCAGCUGCCGCGCCGCCGCCACCGAGACACAGCACGCUGGUGGCGCGAGCCGAGCCGGGGACCGCGCCGCCUCGCCCGGGCAGCCUGGGAGGCAGUGGGUAGUCGGCGGCGGCCGGACGAGCCUCGGGCGGGCGGAGCGACCUCAGCCCAGGCAGCUCAGUGCCUCGUGUUCUUAUUUUUUAACCUCUGACUAUGCAAUUCUGAAACCUCCCCCACUCGGGGGACCGGACGGCCUCUGGUAGAAACCUUCCACACUCCUCGCUCCCGCCCGGUCUCGAGAACAGAAGGACCUCUCGCGAACGCCUUUCACCAUUAAGAGGAAGGCGAUGGAGGAGCUGAGCGCUGAUGAGAUUCGUCGGAGGCGCCUUGCACGACUUGCUGGUGGACAGACCUCCCAGCCGACCACCCCGCUCACCUCUCCCCAGAGGGAGAGCCCUCCAGGACCUCCCCUAGCAGCAUCAGCCCCCGGUCCCUCCCAGAGUCUAGGUCUCAAUGUCCACAACAUGACCCCAGCUACCUCCCCAAUAGGUGCAGCAGGAGUAGCCCAUCGAAGCCAGAGCAGUGAAGGAGUCAGUUCUCUGAGCAGCUCGCCCUCCAAUAGCCUUGAAACGCAAUCUCAAUCUCUCUCACGUUCCCAGAGCAUGGAUAUCGAUGGUGUCGCUUGUGAGAAAAGCAUGUCCCAGGUGGAUGUGGAUUCAGGAAUUGAAAACAUGGAGGUUGAUGAAAACGAUCGAAGAGAGAAGAGGAGCCUCGGUGACAAGGAGCCUUCCUCGGGCCCUGAGGUGUCCGAAGAGCAGGCCUUACAGCUGGUCUGUAAGAUCUUCCGCGUCUCUUGGAAGGAUCGCGACAGAGAUGUUAUCUUUCUUUCUUCUCUUUCUGCACAGUUUAAGCAGAACCCAAAAGAAGUGUUCUCUGAUUUUAAGGACUUAAUUGGCCAGAUUUUAAUGGAAGUACUAAUGAUGUCUACUCAGACAAGAGAUGAAAACCCCUUUGCCAGUCUGACAGCCACAUCCCAGCCCAUUGCAGCAGCAGCUCGGUCACCAGACAGAAAUCUCAUGCUGAAUGCUGGCUCCAACCCAGGAACAAGCCCCAUGUUCUGCAGUGUGGGCUCCUUCGGGGCCAGCUCUUUGUCUAGCCUCUAUGAAACUAGCCCUACCCCCAUUGCCAGUUUCUGGAGCUCUGUGCCCACGCUAGGUCCACCCUCUGCCUCACCCUCCCGGGCAGCCAGCCAGGUGGCCACGCCUUCUGCCUCUGCUUCCCUCAGUCCUCACAGCACAGCUUCUGGAACUGCUCUAGGAAGCCAGCCCUCGUCUCCCCGCUAUCGCCCCUACACUGUCACCCACCCGUGGGGGGGUGCCCCCUGUCCCACCCCCCGGUCCCCCAGCAUCAGCGUCCCGUCAAGCUCCCCAAGCCUCCGUGCGCUCACCAGUAGCCCCCAGGCAGUACCCACUAGCAGUUCCAGACAGCGGCCCAGCAGCAUGGGCCCGCCCUUCCCGCCCGCCUCGCCCAGUGCUACACGCAGACGUCCGUCCCCCCUGAGGACCUCUCCUAGUGUGUACGACAAUCCCUUCUCCUUCCUCUUCCUCGCACUUGCUGGGGACAGUAGUGAUGAAGAAGAUGAAGAGGAUGAUGAUGAUGAUGGUGAUGAUGAUGAUGAAGGUGGUGGUGGUGGUGAUGAUGUUUCUUGUGUCCAGUUUGGGUCCAGUUUGGGAGCCUCUGGUGGAGCAAGCAGUUGGGAUUCCUACAGUGACCAUUUUACCAUUGAAACCUGCAAAGAGACCGAUAUGCUGAACUACCUCAUUGAGUGUUUUGACCGAGUUGGAAUAGAGGAAAAAAAAGCACCAAAGAUGUGCAGCCAGCCCGCGGUCAGCCAGCUCCUGAGCAACGUCCGCUCACAGUGCAUCUCCCACACUGCGCUGGUCCUGCAGGGCUCCCUCACGCAGCCCAGGUCCCUGCAGCAGCCGUCCUUCCUAGUGCCGUACAUGCUGUGUAGGAAUCUCCCCUACGGCUUCAUUCAAGAGCUGGUGAGAACCACGCACCAGGAUGAAGAAGUGUUCAAGCAGAUCUUUAUCCCCAUUUUGCAAGGCCUGGCUCUUGCUGCCAAAGAGUGCUCCCUCGAUAACGACUACUUUAAAUACCCCCUCAUGGCAUUAGGUGAACUCUGUGAAACCAAGUUUGGGAAGACGCACCCUGUGUGCAAUUUGGUUGCCUCCUUGCCAUUGUGGUUGCCGAAACCCUUAAGCCCAGGCUCUGGGCGGGAGCUGCAGAGACUCUCUUACCUGGGGGCCUUCUUCAGCUUCUCUGUCUUCGCCGAGGACGAUGUUAAAGUGGUUGAAAAGUAUUUCUCAGGGCCUGCCAUUACCCUGGAAAACACUCGUGUUGUUAGCCAAUCACUACAGCAUUACUUGGAGUUGGGAAGGCAAGAGCUUUUCAAGAUUCUGCAUAGUAUUUUGUUAAACGGCGAAACCCGUGAGGCCGCUCUGGGUUACAUGGCAGCCGUCGUCAACGCCAAUAUGAAGAAAGCGCAGAUGCAGACAGAUGAUAGAUUAGUAUCUACAGACGGAUUUAUGCUGAAUUUCCUUUGGGUACUACAGCAGCUAAGUACAAAAAUCAAGUUAGAAACAGUUGAUCCAACGUAUAUCUUCCACCCAAGAUGCCGGAUUACUCUCCCCAAUGAUGAGACGCGCGUGAACGCCACGAUGGAGGACAUGAGCAGCUGGCGGGCUGAGCUCUACGGUGAUCAGCCUCCAUUUUCUGAGCCGAAAUUCCCCACUGAGUGCUUCUUUCUCACCCUGCACGCCCACCACCUCUCCAUUCUUCCUAGUUGCCGUCGCUACAUCCGCAGGCUCCGAGCCAUCAGGGAGCUCAACAGAACCGUGGAAGAUUUGAAAAAUAACGAGAGCCAAUGGAAAGACUCGCCCCUGGCGACCAGACACCGCGAGAUGCUGAAGCGCUGCAAGACUCAGCUCAAGAAACUGGUGCGGUGCAAGGCCUGUGCUGACGCGGGCUUGCUGGACGAGAGCUUCCUGAGACGUUGUCUGAACUUCUACGGCCUUCUCAUCCAGCUGCUGCUGCGCGUCCUGGACCCCGCGUACCCCGACAUAACACUGCCUUUAAAUUCAGAUGUCCCCAAGGUAUUUGCAGCGUUGCCUGAGUUUUAUGUAGAAGAUGUUGCGGAAUUUUUAUUUUUUAUUGUACAAUACUCUCCUCAGGUGCUGUACGAGCCCUGCACUCAGGACAUUGUGAUGUUCCUCGUGGUGAUGCUGUGCAACCAGAACUACAUCCGGAACCCCUACCUGGUGGCCAAACUGGUGGAGGUCAUGUUCAUGACCAACCCGUCCGUUCAACCACGAACCCAGAAGUUUUUUGAAAUGAUUGAAAACCACCCUCUCUCCACCAAACUGCUGGUCCCUUCCCUGAUGAAGUUUUACACAGAUGUGGAGCACACCGGAGCCACCAGCGAGUUCUACGACAAGUUCACAAUUCGCUACCACAUCAGCACCAUAUUUAAAAGCCUCUGGCAAAACAUAGCUCACCACGGCACCUUCAUGGAGGAGUUCAACUCCGGGAAGCAGUUUGUCCGCUACAUCAACAUGCUGAUCAACGACACGACGUUCCUGCUUGAUGAGAGUCUGGAGUCCCUGAAGCGGAUCCACGAAGUGCAGGAAGAGAUGAGGAACAAGGAGCAGUGGGAGCAGCUGCCCCGGGACCAGCAGCAAGCCCGGCAGUCCCAGCUGGCCCAGGACGAGCGUGUGUCCCGCUCUUACCUUGCCCUGGCCACCGAAACUGUGGACAUGUUCCACAUCCUCACCAAGCAGGUCCAGAAGCCGUUCCUCAGACCCGAGCUCGGCCCCCGCCUGGCUGCGAUGCUGAACUUCAAUCUUCAGCAGCUCUGUGGCCCCAAGUGCCGCGACCUGAAGGUUGAGAACCCUGAGAAGUACGGCUUCGAGCCAAAGAAGCUGCUGGACCAACUGACGGACAUUUACCUACAGCUGGACUGUGCGCGAUUCGCUAAGGCCAUUGCCGACGACCAGAGGUCCUACAGCAAAGAACUGUUCGAGGAGGUGAUCUCCAAGAUGCGGAAGGCGGGGAUCAAGUCCACGAUCGCCAUCGAGAAGUUCAAGCUCCUGGCCGAGAAGGUGGAGGAGAUCGUCGCCAAGAACGCCCGCGCGGAGAUCGACUACAGCGACGCCCCGGAUGAGUUCAGAGACCCUCUGAUGGACACCCUGAUGACUGACCCCGUGAGGCUGCCCUCUGGCACCAUCAUGGACCGUUCCAUCAUCCUGCGGCACCUGCUCAACUCCCCCACCGACCCCUUCAACCGGCAGCCGCUGACCGAGAGCAUGCUGGAGCCAGUGCCCGAGCUGAAGGAGCAGAUCCAAGCGUGGAUGCGCGAGAAGCAGAACAGCGACCACUGAGGCGGCCCGCGCCCACCCUCUGCAGAGCGGCCGCGCCCUCGCGCCCCCGCGCCCCCAGUGACCAAGCGGCGGCGAAGGCGAGGGCCGCGGAUGGGAAGAGGAGCCGGUUCCUGUACAUAUAUUUAAGGGACGGAGCGGCCGCGUUGUCGGAAAGCCGGGCCUUCCACCGAGCCUCCGUGCAGAGGCGUGGGCGGCGCCCCUUCCUCCUCGUCCUGUCCAUUGAUUUGAUUGUGAUUCGAUGACCCUGGACACGCUGCUGCUAGCCUCGGCGCACGGCCGCGGCUCGACCCCCGCUCCUGCCCCGCCCGCCACGCACGUCCCUGGGAGAGAACUGUGCCUGCGUCAGAGUGUUCGUCCUGGGCCGUAUUUUUAUAUCACAGUCACAUACUUGUUUUUUUAAUUGGUGUUAGAUGACGUGAUUAAUAAAAAAGAGGCAAGAUAUUUUCAGAAUUUGAAUUUCAGGUUUUUUUUUCCUUUGGAAAUGUCCCUUUUGGGUUUGUUUUUCAUUUUCGUUUUUUUUGUUUUUGUUUUUGUUUUUUACGCUCAGCAAAAUGGAGAGAAUCCUGGCGCUCUGGUCCUUGGCGUGGGCCCUGUCUGGGAAGGCGGGGACCCCGUGGCAGUGCGGGGCGGCCGCGCAGGACUUAGGGUUUUUUGGGGGGAGGGACAAGGGUUGGUUUGAGAGCUGGAAGCCUCUUCGGAUAAGCUCCUCACCGCUGGCGUGAGUUCAAGCAGGGUUCCUUUUGGGGUUUGGCCUUACCAAAGCGAAACAGGUGCCAGAGUCACAGACACACACACACACACACACACACACACGAGCCGAAGACUUUUUGUAUUACCGCUCCCGACUCAACAUACUUGAAUCCCUGGAACUCCUCCGGGGUACAAGAGGAUUUGAAACCGUAAAGUGUUCUGGAGAAUUAAGUCCACGAAAACAUUCUUUCCAUUUUCUUUUCCUUUUCUCCCCCCACAGACAAUGUCCUCUGUUCAGUCCCUGACGCUGACUACAAUAAAUGGUGAUACACGCCCGGAA